AUGACAGUUCCCACAGCUUUUCGUCAUAACGAGGAAACAUCAUCCGAACCCCCCGGAAUACGACUGCGAAACAUCCUCCUUGUUGGCAGCGGUGGCGUCGGAACCAUAGCCUCCCUUGUGCUGGAGAAAUCCCGUUGCGCAAGGGUAACCGCAAUUCUAAGGAGCCGUUAUGCUGUCGUCAAGGAAAAGGGUUGGAAUAUCGAGUCCGUCGACCAUGGUACUCUAAAGGGAUGGAGGCCGAGUCGUGGUGAGUUUGGUUCACAGCACGCGUCUCUGCAAAACCAAACAACAGUAAUCACUUUAGAGCAAAGAAGAGCUAACGGUAAGAGUGACGAAGUGGUAUCGAGCGUCGAAAGUGCUAUGGAGGCUGAGACGGAACCUUUCGAUUACGUUGUGGUCACCACCAAACAACCGCCUGAUGUCUUCUCAGUCUCAGACCUUAUAAGGCCAACUGUAACUCUAGGCCUUACUACAGUGGUGCUCAUCCAAAAUGGCAUCAACAUUGAGGUUCCCGUCAUCGAAGCAUUCUCUACGAACACGGUGAUGUCAUCCAUCACGAUGAUUGGCUCUCGCACUGAAGGGGAGAACACGAUCAUCCAACUAGGCCCGGAUAUACAAAUUAUGGGGCCUUAUUUUCAUACGGGGUUAGAGAGAUGCGUUCAGGCACAACAGGCACGAGAAUUUGUUAAAAUAUACAAGGCCGGCAGAGAAGGUGAAGAGGCCAAGUGCACAUAUUCAGAAGAGAUGCCCGUUGCUCGGUGGCAGAAGCUUCUCUCGAAGGCAACGCUCAAUACGCUCUGCACGCUAAUGCGAUUGGACGUUGGAGAGCUGCUGUCGUCAGGGGAUAGGGAAUCGCUUCUGGUUCCAGCAAUGUGGGAAGUACAUUCCAUAGCGAAGGCAGCAGGGGCCCCUCCAUCCCAAGAUAUGAUUCCCUUCUAUGCCUAUCAGCAGCCUGAUGACUGUCGUUAUCGGCCCAGCAUGUUACUGGACCUCGAGAAUGGAAGGCCAAUGGAGUUGGAGGUUUUGCUGGGGCUGCCGUUACAGAUUUCUAAAGCGUUGGGUGUCUCAACUCCGAUUUUGAGCACUGUUUAUGAGGCGCUAAAGGUGGUGAGGUGGAAGUCCGCGCAGGAAUCACUGAAGCAGCACAGCUAG